AUGGGAUGUAGCGGGCGGCUGCUGGGACCCGCCGGGGGCCGCCGCGCCUCGCUGCUCCUCACCAUGAUCCUCUUCUUCACCUACUUCUUCUCCUGCCUGCCCGGGCCCUGCGAGCCGCUGCCGCCCGCGCUGCUGCUGCCGCCGCCCGCCGCGCUGCCCGCGGGCCCGGGGGAGGCGGCGGGGGGCGCGGGGGGCUCGGGGGGCGGCAGCCGCCGCUUCCCCCAGGCCAUCAUCGUGGGCGUGAAGAAGGGCGGGACGCGGGCGCUGCUCGAGUUCCUGCGGGCGCACCCCGGGGUGCGGGCGGUGGGCGCCGAGCCCCACUUCUUCGACAGGUGCUACGAGAAGGGGCUGCGCUGGUACAGGAGCCUGAUGCCACGGACCCUGGAGGGCCAGAUCACCAUGGAGAAGACCCCCAGCUACUUUGUCACCAAGGAGGCCCCGCGGCGCAUCCACAACAUGUCCCGGGACACCAAGCUGAUCGUGGUGGUGCGCAACCCCGUCACCCGCGCCAUCUCGGACUACACGCAGACCCUCUCCAAAAACCCCUCCAUCCCCAGCUUCCAGGCCCUGGCCUUCAAAAACCUCAGCACGGGACUGAUCGACACGAGCUGGAGCGCGGUGAGGAUCGGGAUCUACGCCAAGCACCUGGAGAACUGGCUGCAGUACUUCCCGCUCUCCAAGUUCCUCUUCGUCAGCGGGGAGAGGCUGGUCAGCGACCCUGCCGGGGAGAUGGGCCGUGUCCAGGACUUCCUGGGGCUCCACAGGGUGGUGACGGACAGACAUUUCUACUUUAACGAGACCAAGGGCUUUCCCUGCCUGAAGAAGCCCGAGGGGGGGAGCAAACCGCGCUGCCUGGGGAAAUCCAAGGGGCGGCCGCACCCCACAAUCGACGGGCAGCUGGUGCAGCGCCUGCGCGAGUUCUACAGACCCUUCAACAUGAAGUUCUACCAGAUGACAGGGCAGGAUUUUGGGUGGGACUGAGCCCA